AUGUCUGCUCUCUCGGGUUUGAGGCGACCGCAAGGGUUUGCCUUCAUAUUCAAAGCCAAUGGCGCCGCCGCCGUCCGUAGAAACACCUCUGCAGCCGGCGCAAACACGCCAGUGUUCAAGCCGCUGACCUCUGUCCUGAUUGCCAAUAGAGGAGAAAUCGCACUCCGCGUCAACCGCACAGCAUCCGAAUACGGCAUCCGCACCACCACCAUCUACACCACCCCGGAUGCCCACUCCCAGCAUGCCCUCUGCUCCCCCUUCGCCGUAAAUCUCGGCGAGCCCACCACCUACCUCGACGGGGACCGCAUCAUCCAAGUCGCCAAGGACCAGGGCUGCAAUGGCAUCCACCCCGGCUACGGCUUCCUGAGCGAGAACCCGCACUUUGCGCGCAAGUGCACGGAAGCGGGCCUAACCUUCAUCGGGCCGCCAUGGCAGGCUAUCGAGGCCAUGGGCAGCAAGAGCCAGAGCAAGGAUAUCAUGACUGCGGCGGGCGUGCCGUGUAUACCGGGCUACCAUGGCAGUAACCAGGAUCCCGAGUACCUUAAGGCCGAGGCUGAGAAGAUCGGAUAUCCGGUGCUGCUUAAGGCGGUCAAGGGAGGCGGAGGAAAGGGCAUGCGUAUUGCAGAGACGCCGGAGGUCUUUCUGGAUCAACUCGCGUCCGCAAAAUCGGAAGCGCGCAACUCGUUUGGAGACGAUGUGAUGCUUGUUGAGAAGUACAUCACCAAGCCGAGGCAUAUCGAAGUGCAGGUCUUUGCGGACAAGCACGGUAACUGCGUGGCUCUGGGUGAGCGAGACUGCAGCAUCCAGCGCCGCCACCAGAAAAUCUUGGAAGAAUCGCCUGCUCCGCAUCUACCUGAAGAGAUCCGCCAGGACCUGUGGGAGAAGGCACGAGCAGCCGCGCUGGCUGUGGGCUACGAAGGAGCUGGCACUGUGGAGUUCAUCUUCGACAACGACACUGGCGAGUUCUUCUUCAUGGAGAUGAACACACGGCUUCAGGUCGAGCACCCAGUCACCGAGAUGGUAACCGGCGAAGACCUCGUACGCUGGCAGCUCAUAGUCGCCGAAGGCGGCAAACUACCUCUUACCCAAGAAGAGAUCCAUCAAAGGAUCUUGGAGAGGGGCGCAGCCAUCGAGGCUCGCAUCUACGCCGAGAACCCCGACAUGGGCUUCAUACCCGACUCCGGCAAGCUUCUCCACUUGCGCACCCCAGCCGCAACCGACACCGUCAGGAUCGACGCAGGCUUCGUUACGGGCGAUGAAGUGUCUUCUCACUACGAUCCCAUGAUUGCGAAGCUGAUCGUGCGAGGACCAACGCGCCAAGCCGCCCUGCAAAAGCUGCGCGCAGCGCUCGAAGAAUAUCAAGUCGCCGGUCCGAUCACCAACAUCGAGUUCCUCAAGAGAAUCUGCGUUAGUCCCGCUUUCGCCGCCGGCGACGUCGAGACCGGGUACAUCGAGAAACACCGCGCGGAGCUCUUCGCGCGCCAGCCCGCUGCGCCGGAAGUCCUUGCCCAGGCGGCCAUCGGGCUGCUGCAGCAGGAAAUUCAGGCCCAGUCUGCCGACUCCAUCUUCGGGGUCCCUGGCGCCCUCGUUGGGUUUGGAACGGGCUACCAACAGCGCGAGUUCCACCUCACCGAACCCGCGCCUGAUGGCACCGGCGAGCCUACUGCAACGACUGUCCGUGUACGCCAGACCGGACCGAGCAUCUACACCGUCUCGGUCAACGAGGCCGACUACCCCGAUGUCGUCGCUACCUUCGACACCGCUAGCAACACGAUCACGUCCUUUUACCCGCAUACCCGCCUCGCGACGACUUUCAUCAGAGACGCAGAACGCAUCAUCCUUUUCCAGCAGGGCAGGAUGUACAGGCUGCAGCUCGCGGUGCCCAAGUGGGCGGAGAAAGCGCUGGGGAUUAAAGACGUGGCGAAUAGCGUGCUGGCGCCUAUGCCGUGUAAGGUCUUGCGCGUUGAGGUACAGGAAGGGGAUGCUGUUGAGAAGGGACAGCCGCUUGUGGUGAUUGAGAGCAUGAAGAUGGAGACAGUGAUUAGGAGUCCGCACAACGGUGUCAUUGCUAGGGUUGUGCAUGGGAAGGGGGAUCUGUGCAAGGCGGGCACGGCGCUUGUCGAAUUCGCGGAGGAGGGGAAGUAA